AGCGAAGAAGAAGUGGGCUCCUCCCACAACAUGGCGUCCUAGAAGCUUCCACGCUGGUUUGUUGACAUCUAUUUAAAAAAGGUUUACGCUGUAUUUGUGGAUUUACAUCUACAAUAACUAUGUCGAGACUCAUCAUUAAAAACCUCCCUAACGGGAUGAAAGAAGAGAGGUUCAAGUCUAUGUUUGCGGACUUUGGCACCGUGACAGACUGCACUUUGAAGUUUACGAAGGACGGCAAGUUCCGCAAGUUCGGCUUUGUGGGGUUUAAGUCGGAGGAGGAUGCGAACCGAGCCCUGAAACAUUUCAACAAGAGCUUCGUGGACACAUCCAGAGUGACGGUGGAGAUGUGUAAGGCUUUUGGAGACCCCACCAAAGCAAAAACCUGGAGCAAACAUACCCAGAGCUCAGGCCCGGACAAACCCUCCGCUACUGCCGCUACUGACAACAAAAAGAAGAAUGUUCAAAAAAACGAAACCAAGAGCACACUGGGAAAGCUGGAAGAGGACCAGACAUUCAAGGAGUUUCUGUCAGUGCAUCAGAAUCGAAGCCAAGUCCCGACUUGGACGAAUGACACUGUGCAGCAAACCACUGGUCCUAACGAUGGAAAGGCAAAGGCUUCGGGCAAGAAGAAGCCAGCUUCAGAUGACUACCUCAACUUUGAUUCAGAACAGUCAGAAGAUGAGGACGAGGAAGACGAAGAUGAAGGUGCCACUAAAGAAGCGCUGAAGUCUGGCUUAUCGGAUAUGGAGUACCUGCGCUCAAAGGUGGCCCAGACGGACGACACGAUGGAGGAGAUUGAGUGUGACGAUGACGACGAGAACGAGGAUUGUGGUCCCAUGCAGAACACAGACAGUGCCUAUGAGAGCGGGGACCGAGACAAAGUGUCAAAGACGAAAACAAUUUCUUCUGAGGAUAAGCGACAGAGCAAAAUGAAGAAAUCUGCCAAGCAAGAGAUGGAGCCAACAACAGAAUUUACAGUGAAGCUCAGAGGAGCCCCGUUCAAUGUGAAAGAGCAACAACUCCUAGAGUUCAUGACUCCGCUGAAGCCUGCAGCUAUCAGGAUUGGGAAGAACGAAAGUGGAAAUAGAACAGGUUAUGUAUAUGUGGACUUGCACUCUGAUGAAGAGGUGGAAAAGGCUUUGAAGAAGAAUAAAGACUACAUUAGCGGGCGUUACAUUGAGGUCUUCCGUGUGGAGGCCUCUGGGGGAAAAGGCAAGAGAGACAGGAAGGACAAAGAAAUUGACCGGAACUUCACCAGGAAGCUUCAGGAGGAUGAGGAGGAGGAAGAUGUUGCAGAGUCAGGUCGAAUCUUCAUCAGGAACCUUCCUUACACCUGCACUGAGGAAGAGAUCAAAGAGCUGUUUGCUACACAUGGUCCUUUGUCUGAGGUGCUCUUCCCUAUUGACAAUCUAACUAAGAAACCUAAAGGUUUUGCUUUUGUAACAUACAUGAUACCAGAGAAUGCUGUGACAGCUCUCGCUCAGCUGGACGGACAUAUAUUUCAGGGCAGGAUGCUUCACCUGCUUCCAUCAACGCUGAAGAAAGAAAAGGCAGAGUCUUCAGAUGCUCCUGGUUCUUCUACUUACAAACGGCAAAAAGAUGCUAAAAACAAAGCUUCUAGUUCCAGCUCACACAACUGGAACACCUUGUUUCUGGGCACAAGUGCAGUGGCGGAUGCCAUUGCUGAUAAAUAUAACACCACAAAAAGCCAAGUCCUGGACCAUGAGUCGAAGGGAAGUCUUGCAGUGCGGAUGGCUCUCGGUGAGACACAGAUUGUUCAAGAGACUCGGCAGUUUCUACUCGACAACGGUGUCAGUCUCGAUUCAUUUAGUCAGGCGGCAGCCGCGAGGAGUACAACUGUGAUUCUGGUAAAAAACCUUCCGGCUGGAGUGACGGCGUCAGAGUUGGAGGAGCUUUUCUCACCUCACGGCUCCUUGGGCCGAGUGCUGCUGCCGCCCUCAGGCCUCACCACCAUCAUCGAGUUCCUUGAGCCAACUGAGGCGAAACGAGCCUUCACUCGGCUAGCCUACAGCAAGUUCCAGCACAUCCCACUGUAUUUAGAGUGGGCUCCUGUGGGGGUGUUUUUGGCAGCCAAACCAGUACCAGUAGAACAAAAGGAAGAUGCAAUGAAAGAGCAGCAGCAGCAGAAGAAGGAGGAGGAGGAGGAGGAAGAAGAAGAUGAGGAAGAGGAAUCUGCUCCUGGUUCAACACUUUUUAUUAAGAAUGUUAAUUUCAGCACAACAGAGGAGAAGCUACAAGAGACAUUCUCCAAAUGUGGCAAGAUCACAUCCUGCACCAUCUCUAAGAAGAAAGAUAAGACAGGCAAGAUGUUGUCCAUGGGUUACGGUUUUGUCCAGUAUCAGUCAGCAGAAGCAGCACAGAAAGCCCUCAGGCAACUACAGCACUGUACUGUAGAUGAUCACGAACUAGAGCUGAAGAUUUCUGAGAGAGCCACAAGGACUACUGAAGUGUCACGGAAGAAGAGGCAAGAUGAGAAGAAACAGACAGGAUCCAAGAUCCUUGUGCGAAACGUCCCCUUCCAAGCCACUGUCAGGGAAAUUCGGGAACUCUUCUGUACUUUUGGAGAGUUGAAGACAGUCCGUCUUCCAAAGAAAGCUGCGGGUUCAGGGAACCAUAGAGGUUUUGGCUUUAUUGACUUCAUCACCAAACAGGACGCAAAGAAAGCAUUUGCUGCUUUGUGCCACAGCACUCAUCUGUAUGGGAGACGCCUCGUGCUGGAGUGGGCUGAGGCUGAGGAGACAGUGGAGACAUUGAGACGGAAAACAGCCGAACAUUUUCAUGUGGCCAGCAAAAAGCAGCGAAAGGCAGAAGUUAUGGAGGGAAUUCAGGAGACGAUGGAAACUGGUGGAGAGGAAGACUGAGUUCCCUGAAAGCCAGUAUCUAGGAAUGUGAACAAAAUUAGAACCUGAGUGGCGUAUGCAGAUUGAACUGAUUAUAAGAAUUGUCAAUUUUGUGGAUUACUUGUAUAAAAUGAUGCCACAAAGAAAGAUUGAGUGAUGUUAAUUUUUCUAUAAAAAAUGUUUUCAUGCUUUAAAAGUGUUACGUCUCAUGUUGUGCUUUGUGUCCUUUCCUUCUGUAGUUCUUAUAAUGAUUGUGCGGUCAAAGACUGGACUGAUAUACAUGCAUUCUACAUUUUACAGGGAGAAAAAAUACAUAUACUUAGUCAGAUGAUUAUCAUCCAAUCAAGACAAUAGAUCCAAACAUCGGC